AUGCUCUCAGACGACGUGGCUGGCGGAGUCAGCUGCUCUUUGAUGUCAGUACCUGCUCCGGGUUCGGCGGGCGGAGCGCAGCGUAGCCGAGCCGCAGACUCUGCUCGCCAGCUGCAGGAGGGCUUCUGCCUCCCACAUUCCGCCCGGCCCCGGUCCGCCCCGGCGGGGAAAGGGCGGACGGGGGGGCACCCCAUCGCCGCCGCGGAUUCACUGAGGAAACUUGCCCAACUUUCUCCAGCCCUGGCACCGGGACUCACUGCCAUGGCCCCCGCCAACUCCUCCCGCAACUUCUCCGCGCCGGACGCUCGAAACGGCUCAGUAGCAGAGAAGCCAGCACCAUACACCAAUGUGAUAAUGCCCAGUCUCUUCAGCAUCAUCUGUUUCCUGGGCAUUGUGGGGAACCUCAUUGUCAUCUACACUAUUGUUAAGAAGAAGAAGCUGAGAUGCAAACAGACCGUGCCUGACAUUUUCAUCUUCAACCUCUCCAUUGUGGACCUCCUCUUCCUCUUGGGCAUGCCCUUCCUCAUCCACCAGCUCCUAGGCAAUGGCUCGUGGUACUUUGGAGCUCCCCUGUGCACCAUUAUCACUGCCCUGGACACAAACAGCCAGAUCACCAGCACCAACAUCCUUACAGUGAUGACACUGGACCGUUACCUAGCAACUGUCUACCCUCUAAAAUCUACCUAUGUCCGGACCCCAUGUGUUGCAGCUUUAGUUAUCUGCUUGGUGUGGCUCCUCUCCUUCCUGACCAUCAUUCCCGUAUGGAUGUAUGCAGGUCUUAUGCCUCUGGAAGAUGGGACCGUCCGCUGUGCUCUCUUGCUUCCCAACCCAGAGACUGAUAUCUACUGGUUCACCCUCUAUCAGUUCAUGCUGGCAUUUGCUGUGCCAUUGAUUGUGAUCUGUGUGGUCUAUUUUAAGAUCCUCCAGCACAUGGCCACCACUGUGGUCCCAUUGCCCCAAAGGAGCCUCCGGGUACGUACCAAGAAAGUCACCCGUAUGGCAGUUGCCAUCUGCUCUGCCUUUUUUAUUUGUUGGGCUCCCUUCUACAUCCUCCAGCUGGUUCACCUCGGCAUUGACACACCAUCCACGGCCUUCUUUUAUGCCUACAACUUUGCCAUUAGCUUGGGCUAUGCCAACAGUUGCCUCAACCCCUUCCUCUACAUCGCUCUCAGCGAGACCUUCAAGCGCCAGUUCUUAGUGGCCAUCCGCCCUGCAAAAGAGCCAUGUCGCAACAGCAGCUCUGUCAACAACAACAGCAUGACAGAGGCUAGUGUAUGUCUGAAACUGGCACCAGAAUCCACCCAGCAGACUCAGUUUCUGGAGGACUUUUCCCCACGUUCACUGCCUGUGACUGUGGCUGUUCACUAGGGCGCUCUGAAGUGACCACAGCAGAAAGCCUUCAGAUCUAUAAGUCGGUAGAGAAGCAGCAGGUUCAAGCAAUUCCUGGUGAAGCAUAUGAACUACAAGCUUCCACCUCCAAGAGUCCAGGUGCCUCCCUUUUUCAUUGCGGGGCUCUGCUCCUACACAGCCCUUAGCCUAUGAGAUGCUGCAUACUGCUGCUUCUUUCCACUCCUGCAUGGGAGGACUCUAUCACACAAGACACUGGGGCCCCAAAGAGGAUGAAUGGAAAAGAGAGGCAGGACAGAAAGAGGAUUUCAAGGGGGAACGUUCACCUUGGAAGAGUAAAACCUUUAUCAACAACACUGCCCAACGAUUCCUCGUCUCUCGGCCUGACCGGGGUUCCUAAGCAGCAUGUCAAUAUACAGCUUCUUCAUUCAAAAUUUGAACCUUUGAAACACAAGGUCAUAUAUUUAUUCUUGAUAAGAAAUCUGACCCGGAAACUUUGACAUCUGUGCUCAUAUCCUAGAAGCAAACAGCAGAGAGAGAUCUUGGGGCCAGAAGUCUCACCCAGGUCUGUCACUUGGCCUUUUGGUCCAGCCCCGUCUGCCUCCAGUGGGCUGUAUUGUUUGGCAACAAAGACAUUUUCAAGAACUGGCUAAUUUUGAUGCUAAUCCUAAAUAUUUCAAGCAAAAUCAGGCAGAUAACAAUUGCACUGCUUCAAGGGACUGCAAACAAUUCUCAAAACUACCGCUGCUAACACCAGCUUUGUGGCUUUUCAUGCCAAUGAGCAGAUUUUCACACUGCUUGUUCCUCAUGCUGUCUUGUGCCUCACAGUCUGCAUGGCCAUCGGGGAACCCCAGGCAGAGGGUUUUAAACAUGACUGAAAAACACAAUGUGCAGAGAUCUGUGGAGCAAAAAGCUGUGAAAAGGCAGCUCAGAGGAAACAGAGUUGCUUAUGCGGCUUCCUCAAAAUAACAAAUGCUUUACAGAGUUAAAAGAGGAAAAAUUAAAUGUUUGUGUUUUGUAUAUGUGGCUUUAACAGUCAGAGGCUAGCAAAUAACUUUGCUUAUUACAAAGACUAGAGAAAAGACAGCACACAUCAGCUAAAUGUGGGGGAUUACACUGAUAGCCUGCACAGGGCUCCCAGGGGACCAUGCAGGCAUUGUUCAACACCUUGUCAAACAUGGAAGAACUGGUUACUGUAGAUGAAUUUAGUAAAAAGAAGAAUUAAAAACA